CUGCGGCCCCCUCCCCUCAGCCGCCCCUCGCGGGGAUCGCGCCGGGCCGGGCCCCGCUCCCCUUGACCUCCUGGUGGCGGCCGGGAUGUGUUUGAGGAGCAGGUGCUCGGAAAUGGCUCGUUUUAAACGGAGCUGGGGUCGUAUUCGAAAUCGGUGCUCCACGUGAGGCUGAGGUUUCCCGGCGGCGAUUGAGCGCUCCGCCUCGAUGUCCGAAUGGCGUCGGUCUGAGCGCAGCUCUGGGGGCUGCGUUACGGAAUAGCCAACGAAAGGCGCCUCGGAGAUUUCUGUGUCUUUUCCCCGCCUCUUUUCGGUAAUUCCUUCUAACGCAGAAAAUCAAAAAUUGGCUUUAAAGGUGACUCAGCUGUCUGGUGCUCAUCAGCCCUUGUUGUAGGGAGGUUAUUUUUACCGUGCUCUUCGGCUCUCAAGUGUCACCCAGCAGCCCUGGCUGCGGGCGGUCUGAUUAAAGCUGCCCCUCAGACCCUGCUGCAAAGGCGCUAAUUGCGUUAUGUGCUUAACAAGUUUUGUUGGUUCCUUGCGGAGGGGGAAUCAACGUAGUGCAGCCUUUCCUUCUGGUUUCUGCUCAGGAUUCAGAAGGAGGUCUCUAUGUGUGCAUGAACACGUUUCUGGGAUUUGGAAGGGAACACAUUGAAAGGCAUUACCGGAAAACAGGACAGUGUGUAUAUUUGCAUCUGAAACGACAUGUGAUAGAGAAGGUACCAGGGGCAUCUGGUGGAGCUUUACCAAAAAGGAGGAAUGCUAAGCUAUUUUUAGAUCUAGAGGCAAAUGGUGAUCUGAGCAGUGAUGACUUUGAAUAUGAAGAUGAAGCAAAACUCGUUAUAUUUCCUGAUCACUAUGAAAUCUCAUUACCAAACAUAGAAGAGUUACCAGCACUGGUGACAAUAGCUUCUGAUGCACUUCUCAGUGCAAAAUCACCCUAUAGGAAGCAGGACCCUGACUCCUGGGAAGAAGAGCUACAGGCAUCUAAGCAUGCUAAAUCGCUUGUGCAGUUAGACAAUGGUGUUAGAAUUCCCCCCAGUGGUUGGAAGUGCUCAAAAUGUGAUCUUCGGGAGAAUCUGUGGCUGAACCUGACAGAUGGUUCAGUGUUGUGCGGGAAGUGGUUCUUUGAUGGUAGUGGAGGGAAUGGCCACGCAAUGGAGCACUACAAGGAGACGGGUUAUCCCCUGGCAGUGAAGUUGGGAACCAUCACUCCUGAUGGAGCAGAUGUCUAUUCCUUUGAUGAAGAGGAGCCGGUGUUAGAUCCCCAUAUAGCAAAGCAUCUGGCACACUUUGGGAUUGAUAUGCUGCAGAUGCAAGUGGCAGAGAAUGGUCUAAGAGAUAAUGAUAUAAAACCAAGAGUCUCUGAAUGGGAAGUGAUUCAGGAAGCUGGUAUGAAACUCAAGCCCGUGUAUGGCCCAGGAUAUACCGGCAUGAAGAACCUGGGAAAUAGCUGCUACCUCAAUGCUGUCAUGCAAGCCAUUUUCAGCAUCCCAGAGUUCCAGCGAGCGUAUGUGGGAAACCUUCCGAGAAUAUUCGACUACUCCCCACUUGAUCCGACACAAGAUUUCAACACCCAGAUGGCUAAACUGGGACACGGCCUCCUUUCAGGCCAGUAUUCUAAACCACCCAUGAAAUCUGAGCUUAUUGAACAGGUGAUGAAAGAAGAACACAAGCCUCAACAAAAUGGAAUAUCUCCUCAGAUGUUUAAGGCUUUUAUAAGUAAAGACCACACAGAGUUUUCCUCUAAUAGACAACAAGAUGCACAGGAGUUUUUCCUACAUCUUAUAAAUCUAGUAGAGAGGAAUCCUGUAGGUUCAGAAAACCCCAGUGAUGUUUUCCGUUUCCUGGUGGAAGAACGCACGCAGUGCUGCCAGUCCAGAAAAGUCCGCUACACAGAGAGGGUGGACUACAUCAUGCAGUUACCUGUUGCCAUGGAGGCAGCAACAAACAAAGAUGAAUUAAUUGCAUAUGAGCUGAAAAGGCGAGAAGCAGAAGCUGCAAGGAGAGCUCCACCAGAACUUGUCCGUGCCAAGAUCCCAUUUAGUGCAUGUUUGCAGGCCUUCUCUGAACCAAGCAAUGUAGAGGACUUCUGGAGCAGUGCCCUUCAAGCAAAAUCUGCAGGAGUUAAGACUUCUCGUUUUGCUUCAUUUCCUCAGUACUUGGUGGUGCAGAUAAAGAAAUUCACCUUUGGCCUUGACUGGAUACCCAAAAAGCUUGAUGUUUCAAUAGACAUGCCAGAUUUCCUAGAUAUCAACCACCUUCGAGCCAUGGGUCUCCAGCCAGGAGAAGAGGAACUUCCUGACAUUGCACCUCCCAUCAUCAUUCCUGAAGACCCAAAAGAUCGUAUGAUGAACCAUUUUGUGGAGUCUCUAGAUAUUGAUGAGUCUUCGGUUAUGCAACUGGCAGAGAUGGGUUUUCCUUUGGAAGCGUGUCGGAAAGCUGUGUACUAUACAGGCAACCUGGGUGCUGAAGUGGCUUUCAACUGGAUCAUUGCACAUAUGGAAGAGCCAGACUUUGCUGAACCAUUGGUUGUACCUGUGUUUGGAGGAGCUGCUUCCAGUGGUGUGGCUGGCUUUGGGGCUGUUGAAUUGGAUAAUCAACCUCCUGAAGAGAUGGUCUCCAUCAUCAUUUCCAUGGGCUUCCAAAGGAGCCUAGCAAUUCAAGCUCUGAAGGCAACAAACAGUAACUUGGAGCGUGCACUGGAAUGGAUCUUCAGCCACCCUGAAUUAGAGGAGGAAGAUGGGGAGUCUGCUUUGAGCAUGAUGGAUUUGGAGAAUCAUACUAAUGCGAAUAUCCUUGCAGAGGCAAGAUCAGAGGGACCCAGGAUCAAAGACGGGCCUGGAAGGUAUGAGCUGUUUGGGUUCAUCAGCCACAUGGGAACAUCCACAAUGAGUGGUCACUAUGUUUGCCAUCUCAAAAAAGAAGGAAGAUGGGUGAUCUACAAUGACCUUAGAGUCUGUGCCUCAGAACGACCUCCCAAAGACCUGGGCUAUAUUUAUUUUUACCACAGGAUACCAAGUUAAGCCUCAAAUGUAUUAUCUGGCCUUAAGAAGCCAUAAGCCUUUUAACCUGCCAAAAAAAAAGCAUCCAAGGAAAAAAAUAAAUCAACAGAAGACCCCUACCCCUUGGACUACCAAAAACAAAGGAAAACAUGGGAUGUUUAUAGUUAAUUUAAAAACAGUCAUUUGAUGCCUUCUUAAGUGUUAGAGGGAGAAUUUCUAUCAGGUGAUGUAUAGUACCUUGUUUUAAAUUUAUACACCGUGAAGGAUACCUUAAGACCAUGCAGAUUACUGGUGGAGUUUGCAGCUAGUAUGUGGAGAAAACAGAAGUUUCAGAAUGGGACAAAACCAAACCAGUUCAGCCCAAUUCCUGCGUCUUCAGUCCACGCAGCUGUUGAAGACCAUGAAGACCCAUCUGCAUCUUUGGUAACUAGGAGCCACUGCUUUCAACCAUAUUCCAGACAACUUAGGGAAACGCUGGGAGGGGAUGUAUUCUACAAAGCAGAAUGUCUUAUUUGAGAUUAUUUUCAUUACAGUGAGAAAAGCCAGCUACAGUUGUAGCUGUUGGAAUUCAGUCUUACAGUGUUUUGGUUUGUGUUGUUGAUCCAUAAGCCUAAGAAAUCAAUGGAGAUGUCAGUGCCCUGUACGUUUCUGCCAAAGAGAGGAUUUUAUUUUUACAGAGGUAGGUUUCUCCAUCAUCUCUAGAAUGUUUGUUUUGCAAGGUCUUCCAACAGAGUCAAGAUCACAGUUUGCUAAAAAAAAAAAAAAAAAAAGGCAGUUUUU